AUGGCAUCACCACCCCACCCCCUCGCGCACUUCACCAAACUCUCCUCCUCAAUCUACCUCCACGAACCGCAAACCCUCCCCCCAACCGACGACGCCCCCACCGACGCCCAAAAUGGCGCCCCCAAAACCAUCAUCCUCGCCUUCUGGAUGAACGCCCCCGCGCGCGCCCUCGCCAAAUACGUCGCCGAGUACCGCCGCCUGGCACCUACCGCGCGCAUCAUCUUCAUCCUCAGCUCCUCCAACGACUUCAUGCUACGGUUUACCAAGUGGGCGCAGGAAGCGCGCCUCGCCCCAGCCGUCAAAGCCCUUCUCGCCUCUUCCCCCUCCCCAUCUUCCCCUUCCACCUUGGAAGAGGGGGGAAACAACACCAACAACCCAGUCUACAUCCACAUGUUCUCCAACGGCGGCGUCUUCACCACCAUCCACCUCCUAGCAGCCUACCGCAAAGCAACAGGCGGCACUCCGCUGCGCGUCUCGUCCACAGUAAUCGACAGCGCCCCCGGCGAAGCAACCGUAACAGCAGCCGUAAAGGCACUAUCCUUCUCACUCCCGCGCACAUGGAUCCUCUACUUCCUGGGCCGCUUCCUGCUCCGCGUCUUCUUCACCGUGGGGUUCCUCAUGCGAAAAGUCAGCGGCGCGCCGGACGCGGUGAAGGUCGCGCGCAGGGCGAUCAACAGCGCUCGGCUGGUGCGCGGGCCUGUCGCCUCCCCCUCUUCAUCCUCCUCCCCGGCGGGUCUGAACACGCUUCCUCGUCGGUGCUAUAUCUAUUCCGAUGUGGAUGAGCUGGUCGAUUGGAGGGAUGUGGAGAGACACGCGGAUGAUGCGGAGGCGAAGGGGUGGAAGGUUCGGAGGGAGAAGUUUCUGGGCACGGAUCAUGUUGCUCAUAUGAGGGUCGAUCCGGAGAGGUAUUGGGGGUUGUGA